AUGGCCUGUUGGAAGAACAGGAGUUGCAAGGAGGGUGAUCUCCUUCGUCCGGCUUCUCGAGAUUCAGCAAAAAUCCUGGACUACUCAUAUAAUACAUGGCAUCAACUCCUUUGGUCUGCCGAAGCCAAAGCACAACUGCCCGAUGCUUGUAGCAGUAUAAGGGCCCUUUUGCAUAGUACUCCUGCUAUUCCAGACACUUCCAAAAUUUCUGAGUUUGCUGAGGAUCACUCUCUAUUCCUGGAAGGAUACUCAAUAUGGAGUAUCAACUCAACAUCACCCUGUUCUCUUACCACCGAGACUAAGAAGGCCAGGCCUCAGAUGAUACGUAUCGGGGUGCUAAAACCUACAUUCUGUUCCCUUUCAGAGAAUUUUCUUCCAGAAUGGCCAGGUUUUGAAGCUUUACCCGAUGCAUCUGGUAGCAAUUUUCUUUCAGUGUUCGUUUUGGGCUGGUCAUACGUCCUUUCUACACGCUUGAUUGAACUUCGAGGGAAUCAACACGACCAGGCUCAGUAUACCAACAAUAUAGCAAUAAUGGCAAACAAAUCAGGUGGCUUGAAUUCAAAUACUGGAUAUGAGCUGCCUAUUGGUGAUGCAACAGCACAAGAGUCCAGAUGGUGGGCUGCAGUUCUCGCCAAUGGGUGUGGAUGGCGAGCAACGCUUACCCGCCAGGAUAAGGAGUACUAUCCUCCAUGGAGUUGCCACUUGAAGGAUGGUGGAAAACCGUUUACUAUUAUUCAUGAUAAAUUGGAAUUAAUCAUAUCUUCCGAAAGAGAUCCUCCGUCAUCAGCUCAGGCUCAGAGUUAUCUCCUUCGGGUAGCGGAAAUGCAUGAUAUAUUCGAUCAGCUCCUCGCAGCCUUCACUGCUGUCCUUACUGUCCCGUACCAUAUGAGAUUUGGAGCACCUGUCAACCUUCCUGAACCUCACCUACAUACCCGCCCAAAGAAGCAGAGCACUAUUGGAUAUAAACAGAAGAUCCCGACCUUUGACGAGCUUCCAUAUUUCAUGUCAUUUUCCACUAUACCUAAUGUGAUAUCGUCAUGCCUCUUUAGUUGUUUCUGGGAAGUGGGAAUACCCUGUAACCUUGCUAGCGAAUGGCUACAUACACCACUUAGUGAUAUCUUACCGGCUCUUAUUCUUGAGCGAAAGCAUCGCAGUAUCAUACAAAUGCUAGCCACAAGGUCUCCAAAUGUGGCGCCUUUGCUACUAGGCUCAGCUAUCACUGGAAUGCUGCAUCGCAUACCAGAAGUAUACAAAUCGUUUAUACCCCCGAUUUGCCUCGAAGCGGCUGUCUGGAGUUCGUCACAACAAUCCUUUAUGGAUCCAGUUUUUCACCACAUGCCGAAAUUACGAAGGAAUAUUGCAUUUAAGAAAUUAAUUACGCGCGAAGAUGAAUUCCGGAUUCUAUACACUACCGAUUUUGAAUCUGCAGACUACCCAGCUUUACCCCUAAGCCCAUACCCUCCAUUUGGCCACUGGGUUUGGCAAGGUCAAGAUUCAGGAGAGGUGCGAUGCUUGGAUGAUUACGGCUUUACCCUAUCAGGAAACAUAUCCUCUCUCCCUGCACAUGGUAAAACUGGUUGCACCAUUUCUCAACUCGUAAAUAGAGCCCUCCUGUCUGUAACACGAAAGUUAUCCACCUGUUGGACUGAUUUCAUUACCGGACCGCAGCGAACUUCAAAUGGGGACAUUAACGAAAGACUUUCCGAAGUUGCUACUCGAAAUCUAUUCUCCUGGACUCUUUUCUCCGACGGUGUGAGAAAAGAGGACAAGGAGCUAUGGCACCAUGAAUGGCUAGAAUUUCUUCUAGGGGUCGACGAUAAUGCUUCAGAGACAGAUUCCAACUUGACAUCAAUCAAUGGGCAAUCAAAAUCUGCAAUAUCGUCAUGGUUGCAAACAGUUUUCAUGUCUCAUGCAAUACAGGACCUCUAG